AUGACCUGCUACUGUCAGUGGCUUACUGUGAACACAGGAAAUGAUGACUGGGCAGUUGCAGUGUCCCUGAAAGCCCAACUUCAUUGGAAUUGGGGUUCUUCACGAAAGUACAGUGCCUCACGUUGGUGUCUGCAAAACAUUGCACAAGAAUCAGCAGACAGCUCUGAUGAGGAGUUCUUUGACGCCAGAGAUGUUAUGGAGGGGAAGAGCGCCAUUCUGCUGGGCAUGAGUCAGUGGAACUCAAAUGACCUGGUGGAGCAGAUUGAAACUCUGGGACACAUUGAGGACCAGUCGCAUGAGGGUCUCUACCAGCUGGGAGGCCCACGCUGUGCCCCUCAAAGCAGCAUUGAAGGACUGGAGGACAUAGAGAAGAAAUGUAAGACCCAUGUGCUGCUGCUUGUGGUGCACGGGGGAAACAUCUUGGACACAGCAGGUGGAGACCCCAGCACAAAGGCUGGCGAUGUGGCCACUCUGGCCUCAGUGCUGGAGAAAGUGACACGAGUGCAUUUCCAGGCCGCUGCAGAGCAUGUGAUGAUCAAACUGGUGGCAUGUCCGGCAGUGUGUGCUGAAGCCUUCUCCCUAGUGUCCAAUCUGAACCCAUACAGCUAUGAUGAGAGCUGUGUGUCUAGCAGUGUGGACCACCUGCCGCUGGCUGCCCUCCCUCUCCUGGCUAUUGUCUCCCCACGCUACCAGGACGCUGUAGCAACCGUGAUUGCCCAAGCCAACCAGGUCUACCGCAGCUUCCUUCAGUCAGAGGAUGGCCAGGGAUUCACUGGCCAGGUAUGCCUGAUGGGCGACUGUGUGGGAGGUGUACUGUGCUUUGAUGCUUUGUGCUUCAGCAACCAGCAGAGGCCUGGCAGCCCCAACAGCAGCAGCAGGAACAACAGUACUGAGAGCCUGAAGGAAAACUCAGGCCUGCUGGGGGAGUCCAGCCCGGGUCUGAGUUCUAGCAAGAGGCUGAGCAAGAGCAACAUCGACAUUUCUGCCCCUAGCGAGGGCCACGGCCAGGGCAGGUCAUUGCUCAACCGUAAGCAGAGCGACUCGUAUGACGGAGACACCUCGUCUACUGGCCAGCACACCUUUUUUCCCAGUUUGAUGAAAGACAAUGUCGAGGUGCGUGGCAGCAGCAGCACCACUCUUAUGUUGAACCCUGGGCGAUUUGACUUUGAGGUGUCUCAGUGCUAUCUGCUGGGUUGUCCGCUGGGCCUCGUGCUGGCCAUGAGACGUACUGUACUGCCUGCUGUCCAGGUGAGCCAGCUCCACCCAGCAUGCUCUCAGAUUUUCAACCUGUUUUACCCUUCGGACCCUUCAGCCUCCAGGCUGGAGCCUCUACUGCAGCCUCUCUUCCAUAAGUUACCGCCAUUUGCUGUGCCACGCUACCAGCGCUAUCCUCUGGGAGAUGGACGUUCCAUGCUCAUAGCGGAAAGUAUCCAAGGACAUCCAAGCGUGUUUUUGGAAGGUGAGCAAACUCAUGGUGACCCAGUUUCACAGCAGUCCCCUGAGACGAAGACUGAGGCAGGAGGAGUAGAUGAAGGAGGUCGCAGAGCCAGCGUGACCAGUGUGGAAAGUGAAACGUCAGUUUGCUCCAUGGGCCAGCUGGGCAACACCAUCACUAACAUUUCCAGUAUCUGGUGGGGCUCCAAGAGGCUGGACUAUGCUCUGUACUGCCCUGAUGUACUGACUGCCUUCCCAACAGUGGCUCUGCCUCAUCUUUUCCAUGCCUCCUACUGGGAGUCUACUGAUGUAGCAGCUUUUGUUCUCCGACAGCUCAUGCGAUGCGACUGCGUGAAGACUCAGGAAGCAGACCAUUUGGACUCGGCUCCAUUCUCUCCCUCCAGCCCACGAGAAAAAUGGGAAAUUAAUGCUUCUUGUCAUGAACUACAGAACGUCACAGCCAACCACAGGGUGAAUGAUGUCAUAGCUACCGAGGAUGGACCCCAGACUCUGGUGGGUCGCUUCAUGUACGGCCCCUUAGACAUGGUUACUCUGACUGGAGAGAAGGUGGACAUACUGCUGAUGACACAACCCCAGUCGGGUCGCUGGGUACACUUUGACACAGAGGUAACCAACAGCAGCGGCAGAAUCACAUAUACCAUUCCCAAAAUCAAGAAGCUCGGCCUGGGAGUCUAUCCGAUUAAAAUGGUGGUCAAGGGGGAUCAAACAAGUGCAGAGGCCUACCUGACUGUGUUGCCAUGGGGCAUGGAGUGUGUGGUUUUCAGCAUCGAUGGCUCUUUUGCUGCCAGUGUGUCAAUCAUGGGCAGUGACCCUAAAGUCCGCCCUGGAGCUGUUGAUGUUGUCAGGCACUGGCAGGACCUGGGAUAUCUGAUCAUCUACAUCACAGGCCGCCCUGAUAUGCAGAAACAGCGUGUGGUUUCUUGGCUUUCGCAGCACAAUUUUCCUCAUGGAAUGAUCUUCUUCUCUGAGGGCCUCGUUCAUGAUCCCCUGCGACAAAAGACCAUCUUCCUCAGGAACCUCAUACAGGAGUGUCACAUUAAGAUCAACUCUGCUUAUGGCUCCAUGAAGGACAUCUCUGUUUAUAACAUGCUCGGCCUCAGCCCCUCACAGAUUUAUAUUGUUGGCAGGCCUUCAAAGAAGUACCAAAAUCAGUGCCAGUUCCUGAGUGAGGGCUAUGCAGCGCACCUCUCCACCCUUCAGUUUGGGCACAGAACCAGACCCAAGAAAUCUCCUUCGGUUCGCAUGGUCCUAAGAAAAGGGUCAUUUGGUCUCUCAGCAAAGCCUGACUUCCUGUGCAAGCGCACCCACCUGCGCAGGACCAUGUCAGUCCAACAGCCCGACCCGCCAUGCACACCCAACCCCAAGCCUGAGCGAGCCCAGAGCCAGCCAGAGUCAGAUAAAGACCAUGGAGGUGGAGGAGGGGGGGGAGGGGGUGGAGGAGGACAAGGCACAUGGGGACGGGCCUCCAUUCAUCGUGGAGACACAACUCCCUGACAUCACAAAAUAGUUGGAAGCAUUGCAGGAAGAAGGAGGGAGGAGAAAUGCAAAGAAGACUUAGUGUCCAGGGCCAAGUGUCGCAUCCACCUUCCGUACAUGUACUUGGAAGGAAUCUAACGGUAUUCCUCGCAGCUCAGCUUUACCUCCUGCUUGGCCCUCUACACUUUUCCAACUGCUCGGCCCCUUUUCAUGACAUGCUCGGUGGAAUAUGUUAUUUAGUCUUUGUGCCUGAAAUUUUAAGCAGGUGCCAAUGAUGGUAAUGAUUUUUUUACAAAUGUCUGUGUCAAGCUCAAAUUGUGUCUAAUUAAAGUCCUCUUGUUAAAGUCAGAACAACGUAAUUAAGAUUGUUAAUAAACAAAUAUGUAUGCACACACACACACACGCUUCAGAGGAUGAAAAAUGUGGUGACUGUGGUGUGGUUGAAACUGCUGAGACUUCAGCCUGAACAGAUGCUGCACCACACACCCAUUCAGACUGCUGUGCUGACAGGUUGACUGACUCCUUCAUGGAUGUAAAUACUCAACACAUCAUUUCCCUGUGCAGGCCUCCAGACAUAACGCACUGUGACUUUUAGAUUUAGUCUGUACACAAACACUCUGGAGCCCAUAUUGCCCCGCCCCUUCCCCCCAAUCUACUUUUUGCAGAUUGUGCACUGUCGUUGCCUGUUGGUUAGUGAAGCUACUGGUGGACUAAAGGAAAGUGUUGAUCAAACAUGUUUACACACUGCUAGACACGGCUGUAAAAAUAGAUCAGGACUCAUUUACCCACAUAAUUACAGUAACAGUGUAAUUAGCAUUAUUGGUGUAGUUAGUUGUUUGGUAGCUGCAGGAUGCUGUACAAUAUGCCAGUUGAAACUCCUCCAGGGUGCCCUCGCAUCCAUUUAUUACAGCUGCACUUGAACCAGUAGAUUUGUGUUGAAAUCUGAUACUGUCUUGUGUACUCGAGGUUGAACUGAGUCUUACUGUGGCCAUGUUUAAAAUCUGGUGCAAGUCAGACAUAUUUUUCUAUGAAGAAAUAUUGUAAAUAGAAAUAUUUUCAAUGUAUGCUUUUAAAUCUUUUGUUGUUUGACUUGUUGAACAGUAGAUUUUUUGCCUUAAAUUGUAGUUGAUGUUGUGUAGUUACAAAAUAAUUUUAUUUGAUCAAAGUGUUGAGUUUUACUGUUACUACAUGACAAACUGCAUUUUAUGUAGUGAAUAUUUUCCUUGACAUGUUGUAGAUACUGUGUGCGUGUUUGUGUGUGUGAGAACGAGUGUGUUUACAUAUUUCUCGUAGGGUACGUGAAGUCUUCGUGCAGAGGAAUUAGUGCGGCAGGUGGCCAGUGUUUACAUACCUGCAUGUUCUCACUGCAGCUCACUGCUGCCGGCUUUUCAGAACUGAGUGUGGGUUUUUUAUACAUUUGGAUUGAAACUAUGUGUAGCAGGAUUACUUGGCUGAGGUUUUGGACCUGUCAUGAAAGAAAAGGGGCUUAUGAGUUCCUCGGGUGUCUUGGUUUAACUGAAAACUUGCAUAGCUGCCAGUAAGGAGCUAUCUUUGACUUGUUUUCUUUCAUUUCCUGUAGACCAUAGGUGGUCCAGUAAUUAGCUAUUUGAUUACUACUAUGUAUGACUCUCUGUAGUGUUGGCCUUGUAAUUGCAAUGGGCAAAUUAGCAUUACUUGGUAACUGUUUAAUAUUGUAGAAACAAUACUGAAAUACUUAAUUCUGUAUUGUUUGGCCUUUAGAUUGUUGAUACUGAAACAAUGUUAUCCAAGCAAUGAAGUGGUCAUUCCCAUGCAUGUAUACACAGUAAUCAAAGUGACAAGUGAAUAAUUAAAGUUUGUGUAACACAUUUUCCUGCCCUGAUGAUACACUGGAGAAAUGAAAUGUUUAAGCUGAGCAGCAUUUUACUGUUAACGGUGUUAGUAAAUGGCAAAUAUUGGUCUAAUGGUUAAAUGCUGAUUGUUCUUUGUAUGGUAAUUAUUUCAUAUUGUUAAGCAAUGGCUAUCAUUUGUUAUGUUUGUGGUGCUCCUAACUAAUAAGUUAUUUGUAAAAAAAAAAAUUAAAAAAAUGUAGUAAACAAUUAUUUAUGGACAUAAACUUGACCAUCACACACUGAAUAAAAUCAAAAUCUGUUUGGAUUUAUUUGAUUUUUUUGAUUUGAUUUAUUCUUUCAAGCAUGUAAAGACA